AUGGCACCAAAGAAAAGCAAGAGUUCGCAGCUUUCGCGUUUUCGAUCAGAUUCUGAUCACUCACUUGCUCAAACUUCCAACACCCCUCGUCAGGUUCCUCCUUCUACUCAGUCACAAACCCGUCCACCGACUCCGAGACCCAAUGAAGUUGAUCGAUCCACUCCUCUCGCGAGGCUUUUUCGACGUAACCGAACCAACACUACACUCAAUACCGCCCAUCAGCUAGCCUUGGAAGCCCCCCCUUCCAAAAUCGAGCGCAGCUCCCCGGCCACUGCCCCGGCCCCGGCCCCAGCUCCACCUCCGCCUCUUCCCACUCCUCUUCUAGCGGGAUGCCCAGGCCGCGAGAUCACGGGCGCGAAGACCAACGGUCGCGAAUGGGCUUGCGACUUGGACGAGCCUCCUGUCUUGGACUAUUCCGAGGAGCUUUCCAAGACUGACUUCGAUGAACACCCACUGGCCCAUUACAUCAAGCUGGAAAAGGGAUGGCAGAAACACCAGCUUGCCAUGUACGGCCUCAUAUUGCCAGCCAAGGUCGAGAACGGCACUCCUAUCUAUACUUGGGAAAGUGACCCUGAAGACGAAGAGGAUAUGGUAAUGGACAUGGCAUUGGUGCUUUCAAAGGAGAAAAGACAACCUGCCAAGCCAUCCGCCCAAGUGGAGCGACCAAGAACGCCCUCGAACAUUCUUCACAAAGUCAAGUCUUUCGCCAACUUCAUUGCCACAUCUGAUGCAGAGAAGGAAGUCCCCGAGCUCCCAACGUUGAAAGAACUACUUGACCAGUUCGGUCUACCCCCCGGAACACCUCACGACUCGGCGCCUCGGAGCUUUCUUCGUCCGACCCGGUCUAGCAGCUCUCUGCGACCAAAGACGCCCACUCGACCUGUCCCUAGUGCUACCAAGUUACGCAGCAAGCGAAGCGCAGGAAUCGAAAGAUCCCAGAUCUCUAAUCCCAUCGCUCCAGAGGAAAUGAGACGUGUUGGAUCCGACUUCAGUCAGGCGGUGGCUCGACGCGGCAGAAACGUUUCGGGAGGCGAACGAGAUUCGCUCUAUGCAUCAUCUUUGCGAAGCCCAUCAAACUUGGUCUCUCCAUCCCUUUCGACGAGCGUCCCUCUGUAUCUACUUCAGCCUCAACACCCUACCGUCUACUUUGGACAGAACGAGGCCCCUCCCGAGUUUCGACAUGCCCCGCCUCGUCUAGCUCCCAUGGAAUACACUCGACAGUACUACAUCGCCAAAGCCAAGGCAGAGAGGGAAGGCGUCGACUGCACAAUCCGCAAGCCUGAAGCAGUCUGGGCUUGGACAGAAGACUUCAAGGAGUUCCUUCUGCUUCCGCAACUUCCCGCAGGCCUCCAAAGAAACUUCUUGCCUGACGAUGGCAAAGACUGGAAGGCUUCCAAGAUGGGUCGGUCAUCCAAGAACAAAGAUAUCGGCAAAAGAAAUCCCUUUGUUCCUCUUCCGUUGGACCUCGGCCCUUCCACCCCGCUCAUGCCUGCACACUUCCACAGCCAGUCAUACUCCUUCAUCAGCUCAGACCAUAAGGAUGAGAACAACGUAUCGCCUCUCAGUUUUGAGCAUUUGCAAGAAAUGCCCUUUAAUGGAAAUGUGUCUCCUCUGAGCAACUCGCCGGCAUCUGCACAGACUGAGGUCUUUGCGCCAGAGGUCAUGCGGAGACAAGAGACUCAAGAGACUUUGGACGACGCUCUGACACCCAUGGUUGAAGAUGAGACAUUUCACCAAAGCAUCUCAGAUGAUGCGGCUGACAUUGCAGAUACUUCUUCCGUUUACUCACAGGAUAGUACUGUUACAGCAGUUCACCAUCCUUUGACUGAAUGUCGCCCUUCUUCUACAGACUUGAUGUUACUGGCGCCUACGACCAGUGAGCUUGAGAAUGGAGAGGGUUUGACCCCGCGCCAACCAGAGAACCUUCCUUCCCAUGUCACUCGCUCUCAGGAAAGAACUUCACGACACUCACCCGUUCUUGAAGCUGUUUCAUACGUUCCAAGUUCAGAGACUGCCCAGUCUUAUGUCGCCCAUGAGGAGACUUAUGACACUGCUGAUAACAGAUACUCUGAGGCUCCAUCCAGUACCAUCAGCAACUUUUCAUCGCAAGUAACUGGAUCUACUGCGGACCGACACGAUCGCUACUCUGCUGCUUCGCAUGUGAGUACGGCCACAUCUGUUUCGGCAUCCGCCUCUUUUCGACUGCCCAUCCAAGGCACUCUGGCCAGCCUGGAAAACGAUUAUGUCAGGGCCAGUAGCAAGUAUGCACGCAAGGUGGGCACUGAGAUACCGGCCCCGGAGGCUUCCUCAAGAAUCUCCAGCAUGCGGGCCAAGGACCCUCUCCCGCCCUCCCGGAGCUCUGUCACGAGAAACCCAUCGUCUUCUCCUGGCAUUCCUUCCUCAGUCACCUCAGCCGAUACUGCUGCCUACUACCGCCAGAAGCGCCUUCCUAAGCGACCAGAGCCGGCACAAAAAGAUCCCGUCACCGAGGCCAUCGAGUCUUCUCGCAACUCAGAACUUCCAUCUCUCCACGUCAGAAGACGCAGGGCAGUCCCGAGCCUUCCUCAAAUUUCGGCAUCUCAGGCAUACCCGAAGCCGCUGAGGCUCAGCACGAUGAAGAGUCCCAGUCCGGCGCCUACGGCAUCAACUGCCGACCGCGCAGCUUCCGCUGCCAGCAGUGGAACUGUCGCGCGUUCAACUUCGAGGCUUAUCACGGAUAUCGGAAACGAGUUGAACCGCGAGAUGGAAGAAGUCUUGUCGCCUCGCUCCGCCGCCAUGGCUCACCGCCCGCUGUCGCCAAAGAAGGAAGCUGACGUCGAUACGCCUACUCGUCGCCCUCGCCAAGUCCAGUCGAUGAAGUCAAUUCCCUUCGACGCGCCUCCUCUCCCGGCGCCCAACAAGCCACUUCCCUCUAUCCCGAAGCCCAAGACGCCGAAGACCAAGGCGUCAAUGCCCAAGAUGAAGACUGAGGCCCCUGAUUCUGCCUUCAUCGAUGUGGACUUUGGUCCCGGUCCUGCCAGGUCUUACGUUCCCGCCCGCCCGCCGCCGCCCAUCCCUGUCUUGAAGCCUAUUGACACCACUUCGCCGUCUGCUUUCGACACGACUUUCGACCCUUAUGUCACGCGAGCCGACUUUUCCAUCAAGAGAGACCGCACAGUCCGUCCCGCGGCGUCCAUGGCGACGAUGUCUCCGCGUCCUACACCUUUGGUCGACCAGCCGGCAAGCGCGGCUUAUGUGCAGAGACCCGCCAAUGCGCCUUCCAGAUUCUUGGGUAAGAUGGCAUCGAUGGCCGAACUCAAGAAUGGCAGAAGAGAUACGAUUUCGAGUCGUUCGACUGACAGCGACGAUGCCGUGGGUAUGAGAACUUUCCUUAGCGAGGACAGUGCUGCUUCUUCGGCGUCCUCGUCGACCAGAGACAAGGCCACAUCGGGAUCGAAGCGGAAGUUCUUGAGCAACUUGUUCAAGAGAAACCGCAAGGAUGGAGAGCAGUAA